AUGGGCAACCUGUGGGAAGAUUUGCGGCGUCAAGCACGGCAACUGGAAAAUGAAAUUGACCUCAAGCUCGUGUCCUUUAGCAAACUUGGAACGACGUAUUCAAUGCAUAGAGACUUUGUCAGCCUUCCCCUUUCUACUAACAUUGCUAACAGUCACGCAGAGUCAAGCGAUACCUCUCCAUUGUUGAACAAGACCAGCAGUGAACACAUGUUUGACACCAUGGCCAUGGAGAUUUCACAGUUGCUGUCCAAGCUAACAGAGGUUAACGACAGAAUGGUGGAUUAUACACAAAACAUUUCCUCUUCAUCUCCAAGUGCUGCACUGCUUCACACUUUACAAAGACACAGAGACAUCCUGCAGGACUAUUCACACGAGUUCCAGAAGACAACAGCCAACAUCACAGCCAUGAGAGAAAGAGAAGACUUAUUGGGAUCAGUGCAUAGGGAUAUCAAUGCAUACAAGAACUCCUCUGGGCUAAACAGGCGAUCUGAUUUAUACCUGAAAGAACAUGAACACAUCAGGAACUCAGAAAGAUUAGUGGAUGAACAAAUCAGCAUUGCCAUUGCUACAAAAGAGAAUCUUCAGUUUCAAGGGAAGUUUUUAACUUCCAUCACCCAGAAGGUGAACAACUUUGCCAAUCGAUUUCCUGUGAUCAACAGCCUUGUACAGCGGAUAAACAUCCGCAAACGACGAGACUCCAUCAUCUUGGGACUUGUUAUUGCUGUUUGUAUUAUACUUCUAUUACUGUAUGCCUUCCACUGA